AUUAAGAGGGAGAGCGGGUAACAUGUUGAUCGUGUGUAACCCAGUGCCCAGACAUUCUGAGCGGGAGUGGAAACAGCUCCAGCCAGUUUAUGAGUAGGCCUACACACCGUUGUAGCAAAUUUUCACGAAGCUCAAAAGUUGGUUAUAUUUGUCGUUGGCAGUUGGAUAACGUCGUCUGUUACUUUUCUGUACAUUGUAGUUACAGGGUAGGCCUAUGGAUAUGCUGGAACAGUAGCAUCCCUGCGCAAAGGGACCACUGGAUCGCUUCCUGUUGACGUACGCGCGUCAACGUCCUGAAGGAAGACCAGGAAAACGUCCGCCCCAAGAAGAAGACGAAGCCUGUAGUCUCCUGCCUCUUUUCACACAGUAAACAAAAGUGACGGUGUGCGGGCCCAUCGCCUCUCUAAUAUCCCUCGAAAAGUUACAUGGCGACUUUAUUCUUCACGGCACUCCACGGGUAGCGUCGAGCGCGCCUGCUGUCGAGUGGCUUCUCCUUCGUCGUGUUUUGUUGUGUGCCCUCUCGGUACUUUCGCUCGGUUGUGUUCGACUCGGGCUCGAGUUACCGGGAGGGAGCGAGCGAGCGAGUGGGUCAGGCAGUUCACUGCAGUAGGAGAAAAGGAGUUCCAUGGCCGAGGCUCGGUGUGGACAGGACCAGAGUAUGCGGGAUUCCCGAGAUUCGGGCGGUGGAAGGCGGCAUUCACGAGGACCCAACGCAUCGGCUGAGAGGAACAAACCUGAGCAGCCAUCAUCCAGCCAAGGAGCUCUGUCCUCCAUACGCGCGGCCAUUAUGAGGACGUCGAGGAGCACAUCCCAGGAACAGCAUAGGGAGAGACGGAGCCACAGGAGGCCUCAGAUCACCAUCCUGUCAGCUGAACCCAUGGCUCCAUCCUGGUACCCGGCGGCCCCGCCCCCAUCUGCGGUCCAGGUUCCUCCUCCAUCAUAUGAGCAAGUGUUGAGAGAGAAGAGUCGCGAACAGCAGCAGCACCCCCACCCCCACCUGUUCGCCUCCUCCUCCUCUACUCCUCCACCUCCUGCCCCUUCCCCUGCUGCUCCUCCUCCUCCGUUCUCCUCUGUCCGCCCAUCUCCUGCUCCUCCUCCCCCCGCUCCCUCUCGCUCCACCAUCGCCACCCAGACGGACGCCCCACCUCUACCCCCACCUCCAGCCAUGACAAACACCACACCACAAACCACCAGUGCAGAGAGGCCGGCCACAAGACCUUCUCUCAGAAGACCUCCAAGGCCGCCCAAACCCGCUUGCCCACCUAGACCGGACGGAGAUGCCCUCAUCCGAGCACCCACACCCACACCUACACCUACACCCACACCCAUACCCACACAGACUCCCACACACAUGCCAACACAUACACCCAUUAGCACACAGACCGACCAGCCGCCUGAGAAAGAGGAAGAGGCGGAGUCAGCAGCAGCAGCGGCGGCCCGCCCUAGGCCCCGCCCUCGCUCCCGCGCCGGCCUUCGUCCAAUCAGCCAAGAGGUGACCAGCUCCCUGCCAAUCAGCAGCCUGGGCAGCAUUCCCAAGUCCCAGUCGAUGAGCAGCGAGAUCGUGGUGGCUCAGCCAAUCAGUGGCGGCGGCGGCGGCGAGAGUAAACUGGCUUCUCGGCCAGUCAGCAGUGAGCGUACGGGGAAUGGUGCUGGCGAGGACCAAUCAGAUGGAGUGUGUCUGGGGGCUGAGGGAGUGUGUGCGGGUGGGAGCCAGUACCUGCAGGAUCUGCUGGAUGUGUUCGGACCCGAUUCAUCUGCUCAUGGCCACGCCCUGUCACAUGCCAACACUGGCAGCCAUCUUGUGGAAGAAGAAGAAGAAGAGGAUGAAGAGGGAGGAAAGGAGGUUGCCAUGACAAUGGCAGUGGCCCUACCACCAGUGCCAGUGGUGGAGGUGGGGGUGGGGAUGGAGGAGAGGGGGGCUAUGGGUGGGACCAGCCCCAGGCCAGUGCCCAGACCCCGCAGCAGGCAAACCGAGACCCUCACCCCCCCUCCGCCCUCGAUCUCGGGCUCCCCCUCGCCCCCGCAACCACAGCCGCGGCGGAGGAGCCUGUCCACGUCCUCCAACACAUCCUGUUUUUCACUUACAGCUCAAACCAGCUCUCAAGCCUUGGAGGGGCCCACUGCACCAAAACCAGGGUUGCCUCCUCGGCUUCUACCACUCCGCCCCCCACCCAUCAAACCAGCCAAGCCCCCUCACCUCAUUGGCCCCUGCCCGACCACCACAGCCAAUCAGGAGCAGGGUCAAAGGUUACCAAAGAGAGGGCCGCCACUACCGCCGCGCCCUAAGCCAGGGCACGCCCUCUACAAGAAUUCACAGAAAGAGGACUUCGAUCUGUUGGACUUAAGUGACACACUGGACGAUUUGAACACACACACAGACAUACAGGCGUGUGCGAGUGCGCACCCAGACAUUCCUGCAGACUUUAAACACGCAAUCACGAAUACAUCGCUUAUGACCAACGCGUCUGUAAACACCAGCACACACACUCACAUGGACACACAGAUGUGGACAGAUACCCAAAGCGGCACUACUGAGGGAAGAUGGGACCCGGAGGGAACGCCGCCAAAGAGCCUCUCGGCUCAGCAGCCCGAAUCUAUAAUUCUCUCGGAAGGGAAGCACACCACUCCUGUCAUGACCUGUGUUGCUAUAUUUGCGUUCCGCGGGGAGGCGAGGGAUGAGCUGUCGUUCUGCGAGGGCGAUGUCAUCACGUUGACGGGUUACGUAAAUGAGGAGUGGGGACGCGGCCAGCUGAAGGGACACGCCGGAAUAUUCCCCCUGUGCUUCACCUCAUCCCCACAGCCACAAGAGCUUCGUAAGGUUGAUGCCAAUAUGAAGUAAAUCACACGUGGAGAAGGUCGUGGGGUGUGGUCGGGCACUGUUGUACCAUGCUGAUUGGUCAAUUGUGCUGAUUGACAGUCGCAACAAAACCUUGGCAGCGCUUCGUAUACCAUUGGUUAUGGGAACUUGUGUGGUAUUCUUACCGUAAGGGGUAUUUGCUUGCUGUCCAGAACCAUGUCAGAGAUGAACAACCUGGAGUCAGAGUCCAGUGCCACAUAUUCCAAAUGGCCUGGCUUUACCUGUCCAAUUCAGCCAGGUGAUUGUCUGGUUGAACCAUCACCUGGUUGCAUUGGACAGGUAAAAACAGGUCAUUUGGAAUAAGGGCCCUGAUGGCAAAGAGACAUUGAAUUCGCCUUUGGCUAAGCCCCGCCCCCUUCAGUUACUUUCCAUUUCUUUCCGGCCAUUUUAUUGUUACUGUUAGGACUAAAUGAACAAAAUGAAAGUGCCUUCAUUUCCUUACUGACAAAUUAGGGUUAGGGUAGGGAUGAUCCAAGCACAAGCAGUCUCUGGUGAUUAUAAAUACUCUUUCUGCACUGACAGGUUCAGGUUAGGGAUGAGUUUUUGUGCCUAGGCACAGUUUGAUGUUAAUCUCACAUAAAAAAAAAACCCUCAUGAGUGUGGAAAUGUCCGUCGAAUUUUGUCCACCUUUGCAAAUUAGACGAGCGGAGAUUUGUCCCAAAUCCAUGUGAUGUGGCACUGGGUUGUAACUUCUGAAUCCAGGUUGCACAAUGCACAUCCCUGAAUGUAUGUCAAUGAAAAAAUAACAAACUUACAUAAAGUCAUUAAACUGUGAGAAUUGAUCAGUACUGUAUCCUUAACACAAACACAUACCUAUUUCUACCAUUUUUGCUAUGUAUUUGGUUGCUGUAACGAGAGAUUGCUGUGGCAUCUCGAUCUUUUAACCAAAUAAAAUCUUUUUUUUUUAA